GGAAGAAAUGCCCAAUUGAAGAAAUGGCUUCGGGCGAUACCGCACGCCAAGAUUUACCCACAAACUCAACCACCUCCAGCCCUCAAUGGAUCAAUGACUUUACCAGUUCAACGCGAUCCGAAUGGCAACAACCUCCGACCAAUGCGGAUCCUACAUCGACGCCCAAUGAGUCAGCGCCUCCUCAAGCCUCGGGAAGCAAGGCCUCACACCCGCUGGCACAGCUUCUGCUCCAACUGCCGGCAUCGAUGCGACAAAUGCAAACUGCGAAGUCCAUUCCCAUCUAAAGGGUCCGCAGCGGGGGCAAAGAGAUCAGAUCGGCUGGAAAAAAAGAGCACAAACGUACAUCAGCCAUGGGUGGACGAUGAUCCCUGGAUCUGCCCUGCAUGCAUGAGUAAAAUUAGCGCGCAGUAUGACAAGUGCCCUAUGUGCAACAGAGGCUUUAAGUUGUAAUAGAUGCCAGAGCACAGCAUGCAACUGAUCGAAUCCAUUCAGGACCGGAACAGCCACCUUCGGGAUUUGGGUAGGCGUCUGUAACAAGCAAGGCCGAGGGAUGGAAGACUGUGGCACUUACAGCAUACUUCAUGGGGGGCUGAGGCGAAGGAAGAAGACGUAAAGGAGGAAACAGAGGAUAUUAGAGACUAUAUUAUC